CGAAAUUCCAAUGUGGUGUAUUGCGACGGCAGGUGCAGACACUGCAGCAGUAGAAAAGGUACAGGCUCUCCUACCGUGGAAGAACCACGACCAAAUCGUUGGCUCGGGGUUCAAAAGCUGCAAGCACGUCCUGCACCUCUGCAACAUCUCGGUGUUGGAAAGCACGGCCCGCGCGUCUUGUGCUUCGAGCUCGAGGAAAAGUGUUAACCUGGACGAAAUGAACGAGCUCCUCGAGCGGCUGCAGGGGCCGGACCAAAAUAAGCUACUCUCCGCGCUUUCGAAAUACGUCAAGGACAAAAUCAGGGACAACUCCACAUCUCUUUCGCCCGGUACUGCCAAACCAUCCAAGAUGAGACGGCUGAACACCAACUCGGCGCAGGACACCUCCCGCUGCGCCACACUUGACAGCGAGUGGCUGGUGUUGCGAGGGCAUCUGGCGGGAAUUUUAAGUUCACCCAGCGCUUUAAGUUCGAAAAACAAAACGGGGUCUUCAGGUACUCUGCCACAGUCGAUGAAACUGAACCUGGCGCAGGUCGACUUCAGCUUCUUGUCCUGCCUGCCGCUGUUCUCCGACUUUGGAGGCACGAGAAAUCGCCUCUACGCCGACCUCGACGACAGCGAUAUGUGCGCCGUUUUGCAGCCGCCCAGCGACGGGGAAAAGGACGCGCACCUGUUGAGCCUGGACAGGCUGAAGGAGCUGCAGAAGGAAGUGCCGCACAUGCCCGUGUUUUGGUCCGAAGACCGGAAGGUACGUGACCUGUUGGUGACGUACUGCAAUGUGCCGAAAGUGUCAACGAUUCGCGAGUUGCUGUUCACCAGCAGGAGCAGGCGUAGUCGUUCUUCCAUUCUGUCUCCCAGCGACUGUCCGCGUUUCAUGCAGGAGAUUUUGCGAGAAAACAAGCAGCAGCUGUCGCUAUCAGACGAGGAUCUCCAGGGCCUCGCUUUUGUGCAAACGGCUGCUGAAACCUAUCUGCGGCCGCAGGACGCUGUGCUCUGUGGCAACAGCGAGGAGGAGCGGCACUACCCGCACCUCCUAGCCGCGCCAUCAGUCAAGAAGAAGUACUUGCACAGCCAGUGGCGCGAAGAGCAGGUGGUGUCGCGAUUGCGCAAACUGGGUUUGCGAAAUGUGAUUCCGAACGAGGACUUGGUGAGCGUUGCGAAAGCUGACAUCGCUGCUGGGAGGACUGAUGCAGCAGAUCCACCUCUGUCGGACGAUUUCCGGCGGAAUAUCGCCAUCAAUCUCGCAGACUACGUCGUGUCUUCAGGAAGAAAAAAGUCGAAAGCGGAACAGCGAGAAGCUGCCAAAAUACUCGCUGACAUCGCUUUUGUUCCGGUUGCGACCCUGGAGGAGGCGAACGCGAAUGACCGAAAUUUCGCAAAAUCGUGGAUGAAAAUCGACGGAGAUUCUUUGUUCUACAAGCCUGCGGACGUCAACCUCUGGACUGACCGCUUCUGUGUGUGGAGCGUCCGGCACCUAGCGCACGAAAAAAUGAACUCCGAGUUUUUGACCAUGUGCGGCGUGCCCAAAGAGGUACAGGCGGAGUUCGUCCGGAAGCAACUGAAAAUUGUGGUUGGCGAACACGCUGCUCGAUCACCGUCCGAGAAGCAAAAUCGGUCUUACUCGUGUUUUCUGCAGACAGCCUUGAAACACAUCUACGAAAACCUCAGCACAGCGGACGCGGACCAUCUCACGACUGAAGUCGGGAAUUGGGUCUGGAUCGGAGACGAAAACGAGUUCUCUUCGCCCGAUAUUGUCUGCAAGGACUCGUCGCACGUUUCGAAAGCAGCCCCGUUUCUCCUGGUUUUGGAAAAGAAAUUGAACGACUUGGACCUCUUCUCUUCGUUCUGCAACGACAUCCGUCUGGGCCAAGGUCCGGAGAUGAUUGUUUCGGCACUGCAACGGAUCGCGAAUAGCCAACAAGUCGUGAAAGAUGGCGAAAAAGGAAAACAGAAUCACCCAAAGGACGAGGUAACGAAACGGUUUGACAAACAAAUUGUCGAGCUCGUCACGGCCUUGUGGCGUGCGACGAAGCUUGCGGCACACGAGAGGGCGGGAUCGCCUUCGCAAGAUGUGGUGCCGAUGGGUAAAAAGGGCAAGGGAAAACAAGCAAGAGCUGCUGUGGGACCAUUAGCUACAGCACCAAAACCCCCAGAAUCAUGGAAGAACCGGAUUCUUUUGCCUGAUUCUGCGGGCCAGUUGCGAAAGGCGAGCGAAGUGCUGAUAAACGACAUGAAAGGCGAGAUGAAUGACUGGAAGAAAUCUGCGCCGGGGCGGUACGCGAAAUACGCAAGCCAGAUUUUGUUGAACGAAAUCCCCGAGGACUGCGGACAGGACCUCGGAGCAAAGUUGUUGAGACAGGUGUGUCUGGCGGGAUUUCUAGCCCCCAUAAGGUACUCCUGGCUGAAGCCGCAGGGACAGCAGCAAUCGUUGACAAGUCGGCUGAAAGGCAUCUUGAAGGAUUACGAUCCCUCCUCGAUUAUCCACGAGAUGCUGCAGAACGCCAACGACAGCGAGUUGGCAGCGGGCAAGGUUGAGCUGACACUCGAUUGGCGGCACCAUGCCCACCACAGCUGCCUCACGACGCAGCUUGCAGAGAUAAACGGACCGUUUUUCAUCGUCCAGAACGACGGACUCUGGCGGGACGAAGAUUUUGAGGGCGCCUGCGCUCUCGGUGAGGGGAGCAAGCGGAAGCAGCCGCUAAGCGAUGAAAAUUCGAACGCGCAUAUACCCGAGGGGCAGUUUGGUGUUGGGCUCAGCAGUUUAUUUGCUACAGGUGACGUGCUUAUAAUCCGGUCUCGCAACCAAGUCCAAAUUUUUGACCCGCACCUGGACUUCACAAAAGACGCAGGCGCUUGCCCAAUUCAACGAGGUCUGCGUUUGACCCUUUUGCCUCCGCAAACUGGAUGUGGUGCUGCUGCUGACGAGCCAAGCCCUUUGGAGAUCGCUCCGCACCAAUUUUCGCCGCCGUACGACCUGCCAUUCACUCACGGAGGCGGUAGUUGUGCGUCGCAAGGCAGUUCAACGAGCAGGUGGAGGGACGGAG